UUAUCUGCUCCACCAAUCCAUCAUUUCCGACACUUACUUGACUCUGUUUACUUGGAGAUUGACGCGUAUGAUUCAUUGUUUAUCCCAUUAAUUCUGCAAAAUCCUUCUUCUCCGUUCACAUAAUUCUUACAAUUUGUUCAAAAACCUUAAGCAGACCCACUUUUUUUAAACUCCAAUAUAACUCCUUUACCAUGCUCAAUUUACUUACUUUCAUCUUCCUCCUCAAUCUCCUUACCCAUGGAAACGCUCAGAACGAAGCCUCUUACCCAUAUCGCAGAUGCUUGACCGGCAAUUUCACUCAGAACAGCACCUAUCAGGCCAACCUCAAUCUUCUCUUUUCAACUCUCUCCACCAACGGCCCCCCAACGAACAGAUUCUUCAAUACUUCCGUCGGCCGAUCCCCAAACGACACCGUUUAUGGUCUCUUCCAGUGCCGUGGAGACGUCACCAACGCCACCUGUCGAACUUUCUUAGCCACCGCAACCAGAGACGCAGAGCGACUGUACUGUCCUUUGGCAAAAGGCGCUGUGAUUUGGUACGACGAAAUCAUUUUCCGCUAUUCCGACCAACCUUUCUUUUCCAUCAUUACCUCAACCCCAAAUUUGCGGUUACUGAAUCUGGUUAAUAUAGAUGGCGACAAGGCUCGAUUCAACCAAUUAGUCAUGUCCACGUUGAGAGCCACCGCGGCCCUGGCAGCCUCUUCAAUGGGUGAAUUGUUUGCAACCCAGAUGGCUAAUUUCACACAAGAUCGAAAUAUUUACACAUUAGCUCAGUGUACCGGCGAUUUGUCUAAUACAGAUUGCGGAGAAUGCUUGCGCCAAGCUACCAAUGAAAUUCCGAAUUGUUGUACUGAUAAACAAGGCGGAAGAGUUCUGCUUCCCAGUUGUAUUGUUCGUUAUGAAGUUUACUCGUUUUACGAAACUUCCAUACCGCCUCCCGCAACUCCCACGCCCAUUUCCACAAUCCCAUCACGGCCUCUUCUUCCUUCUUCUCCUCCACCUGGGGAAAGAAGGUCCUCAACGGUGUUAAUUGUAGCCAUUGUGGCUCCAAUUACCGUCUCCAUAUUGCUGUUUGUCAUGGGAUGUUGCUUCCUGCGCCAGAGAGCGAAGAAGAGAGACUCUGCUGUGAAGGAAGAUAGUGUUGUUGAUGAGAUGACCACUUCGGAUUCUCUUCAAUUUGAUUUCAAAACAAUUGAAGCUGCUACUAACAAAUUCUCAGAGGAAAACAGAUUGGGAGAAGGUGGAUUUGGAGCUGUCUUCAAGGGUAGGCUUGAUAAUGGACAAGAGAUAGCUGUGAAGAGACUGUCGAGAGGAUCUUUGCAAGGUUCUGAAGAGUUCAAGAAUGAGGUUAUGUUGGUUGCUAAGCUUCAACAUAGAAACCUAGUAAGGUUAUUGGGAUUCUGCUUGGAGGGUGAAGAAAAGAUUCUCAUCUAUGAAUUCAUUCCCAACAAAAGCCUCGACUUUUUCUUGUUUGAUCAAGAGGGACAGAAACAGUUGGAUUGGUUGAAACGAUAUAAGAUCAUCAACGGAAUUGCUCGAGGAAUAUUGUAUCUACAUGAAGAUUCUCGUCUUAGAAUUAUUCACCGUGAUCUUAAAGCGAGUAACAUUUUGUUAGAUGGAGAUAUGAAUGCAAAAAUUUCAGACUUUGGCAUGGCAAGAAUUAUUCAAAUGGAUCAAAGUCAAGGAAAUUAUACGAGUAGGAUUGUUGGUACCUAUGGUUACAUGUCUCCUGAGUACGCAAUGCACGGAAAUUUCUCAAUGAAAUCCGACAUCUAUAGCUUUGGAGUUUUAGUCUUAGAGAUUAUAAGCGGUAGGAAAAACAACACCUUCUACUUGUCAGAUCUUGCCGAAGAUAUUUCGACCUAUGCUUGGGCACUGUGGAAGGACGGAAUACCAUUAGAAUUAUUGGACCCAAUGUUGCAAGAUAAUUACUCGAGAAAUGAGGUGCUUAGAUGCAUUCAUAUUGCUUUAUUAUGUGUUCAAGAGGAUCCUAACAGCAGACCUUCCAUGGCAUCCAUUGUUCUUAUGCUUAAUAGUUAUUCCGUUACUUUGCCGAUACCUAAAGAGCCAGCAUUGUUCGUGCGGAGUAAAGACAAUGGCAAUACUAUAGGCAGUGAUCAUUCUUCUAACAAGUCUACCAAGUGUUCUGUCAAUGAAACAUCUCUAUCUGAAUUGCAUCCACGAUGAAGCUGCUAAGUAUAUAUGUAUAUGUGUCUCAUUAAUUAGCUCCAAGAAAUGUUCUAUUUGAUUACUAUUGUACUAGAGCCUUGUAUUAUUUAUGGCUAUAUGUUUUAACUUCUAAGAUAUAUAUCCGAACUCAUCAAUAUGUACAUAAUUAAGUAGAUUUUUACAGGAUAAAACAAUUUAAUUUGGCUAA